AACUUCCAUUAGAUGUACUUCAGUACGUCACCUGCACUGCACAUAUACAAUUGGACAUUGUCAGAACUUCACAAAGGAAUUAGAGAAUUGGCAUAAUAUAAGAAUGUCUGAAGUAGUCGUCCCCCAGAAUCAGAGUCGAGCCAUGGGUGGUGGAAUUAAGAGAGAUCAUCAGGGAAAGGAAAAAGUGGCAGACAAUAGGGCUACUAGGGAUAUGCCUCGCAACCAGUACACUUCCAUGUUUGAGUCUUUUCGCGACGAAUUGGACGAGCAUCAUGACCGCCGUAUGAAGGUUGGGAAGGUUUCCCGAGAUGUCACGUCUCUCAGUAAGAAGAUAAUCUUCUCACUGCAACGCGUCCGCAAGCUGAACCAGCCACUCCCCCCUCGCAUCCGAGCAGACGUCGAUGAGCGUCUAAAGGAGAUAGCAGGACAUCUAGCUACUAUCGAGUCAGACGUAACCGGAAUGAACCGCUACCGUUAUCCGUUAAUAUGUCUAGAAGAAUUUGUUGAAGCAAUCUCGUUUUCUCAUUACCUCCAACACCAGAAGCUCCUCUCACCGUCACAGGCCCAAGAUGCCCUCCCAGCUGACAUAGCACUAACGGCCCCUGACUACUUAUUCGGCAUAUUUGACUUAACCGGCGAGAUGAUGCGCUUCGCAACUGCUGUCACCGCACUAAGCGGAAGCAUGCCGGGGUCGGGAUCUAAAGGCUCUACGGACAACCGGACAAUCUUGAACGAUCUUCAAGAUGUAAGUUCUAUGCUUCAGAUAUGUCCGGCCGCCGGCGGAAAACCGAGCGUCUAUGCCAAGAAGUUGGACAUUAUGAUCGAGCAGGUCCGGAAGGUGGAGAGAGUUGGAUACGGUAUCACAGUCCGGGGUAAUGAGCGGCCGAAGGGUUGGAUGCCGGAUAUAAACGAGUCCGGCGGGUUUGAGAGGGAUCAAGAGGAUGUGUCUAUGAAUUGAUGUGAGGUCAGUAGACCCUCCUCGAUUUCUACUUGAAGGGAUACAACCGCACGAAGACUUUCCCCUGUAUUCGUCCGGUGCAUACCUAUGCAAUGUGUGGUUUUACAUGCACUUUAUUAGUGCAUAUCGAACAGGAAGAUCAGGGGAAGCUCCACAUCAUAUGAACCUCAUUUUCCGAGCCCGUCAUUAUUGAAGAUACACGUGUAAUUAAAAGGGAGGAAAUAAAGGAAGAGGGAUUUCUAGGUACGGUGGGGUUCUCUAUAGGUAUCUUUUGGUGGUGACCCAUCCUACCGUAGGCCUGGUUGGCAGGUAUUUACCUACCUAACAUACCUAACGCGGCUCGACUGCUGUCAACCUUAGCUAAAGAUAGUGAA